AUGGCUCCCAAGAAAAGACGCAUCGAUGACCACUUCGAGUUCUACGAGUUCGACGACCCCGUGCAAGGUUCAGAGGAUGUCCAGGAGAAAUAUACGGAAAUCGAGUCCACAGGGAGGGGUUAUCGCGCUUCCGAUUCCUACCUGGUGGUCCCACCCUCGCCCACGAAGAAAUCCGCAGCCCCUGGAAUGUCGUCGCAGCAGGCCUCUGGGGUCAGCAACCAGAGGGUGGACAUAGAGGCGCUUUUCGCUGAGAAUUUCGCCGUUGAUCUGGCAAGCCUCGACGCGCACCCGGAGGAAGAAAGGACUGUGGAUGAGAGGGAAGGACAGGGAAAAGAGGAAGAGAAUGUCAAGGCCCCGCGGGACCAGUUGCCGAUGCUGUCGUUCACCUCGAAAGCUUCCGCGUACGAGUUUAUGCGAGCGCUGGAACGGCGAACCGACAACAGUGGCACAGAACCAGUUCCUAAUCGUUACCCUAGCUUCCUCCGUAUGGUGCACAUCUGGCGACACAUAAGGAUGAUGAAACGCGCGGGGCGCGGGCAUUCCCUGUCGGGAGUGCAUGGAACUAGCCCCGGCGAGUGUGCUUUGCUGUGCCCUGCGUGUCCCUACCCCGAUAUCAACUUGCCAAGUGGGUGGAACUCUGUGGCUGACUACAAAUGGUUUGUCUAUCGUCUGUUCCUGGCAAUCGACGCGAACUUCCGCUUACGACGGAAGGAUGUUUCCUCGGACGCCCGCGACCCUGGCCUGAACCGUGGGUACGCGUACAUGGUGGACGACAAGGACUUCAGACGUCAUCUGGCUGAAUUCGACGCGGACGACUUGGAGGAGAAAAGCACCUGCAGCAACCACGACGCCAUCAAGUCAGCCAGUAUCCGGGGAGGAAAGGGUAUCGCCGUCACAACUGUACAUAGACUACCUUACAUAAUACAUGUUCUACCUUGA